UUUUUGUCCCCGUGAAUUAGAUGAAAAAUAGGUAGAAUAAAUACAUGAGUUUGAAAAAUGACUCGAUAGAAUUGGGUUGUGCUAUUGCUAUCCACCAAUUAACAUGAUUCUUCUAGGUCAUCAAAAUUUGAUCACAGGCCUCUUCAACUCCUCUAACGCAAAAACCCGAAAAGUCUAAUUGCAGGCAACUUUUUUUUACCUAACAAAUAUUUGGGCAAAAGGGGGAAACGGACUUUGAAACACUUUAAACGAAACCUAAAUUAUUUUUUCCCAUGAUAAAGAGUCAUGGUUAAGAAAAGCUCCGGAUCGAAAUCCUCCAAGCCGCCGCCUCGAACCUCGACAUCCGCCUCCAAGUCGGCGGAGGGCCCGGCUUCAGGGGCAACGGAGCAACAGUCGGCAGCAGCGAUCCUGUCACCAGAGGAGAUCAAAGCGCAGCAGAAGCUACUAAACAUAUUCAAUGACACGUUCAGAGAGAUCUUUAGCGACGAUGAGUUUGACACCACAUUGCAGAAGGUAAAGCAAGCGCUAUUCAACCGAGAUUUCGAGACCGCAUUUGGCAACGAGCAGUUCCUCGAAGUGUACGCGGCGAGAUGGAGUCCCGGUCGCGCGUUGUGUUAUAGCAGAGUAAUGAGUCAGAUUAGGGACGAGCUAGGGCCUUUGAUACUCGCCACUAGUGUCGCUGAUAGCGAUGUCCCAUUUGAGGAUGAAGUUGAGAUGGGUCGGUUUUCUCCAACGGUCGAUUUAGAGGAAGAUGAGCGGGUAUCGAAAUCCAGCGAUACGCUGAGAAUGCUUGCCAUCGGAGGUGGUGCUGCUGAGAUCGUAGCUUUCGGGGACUAUCUUCGGGCCUCUAGUAUCGUUGGAGAUCUUACGCUCCUAGAUACUGGACCAUGGGCUGAAGUCGUACAAAAGCUUCAUAUCGGCCUCACAACACCGCCAUUUCUAUCUAAAUAUGCAAGUGCUGCUGUCAAAGCAACAAAUGCCGCCUUAGUCGAGCCAGCAACACGUCUGCGCUCGACUUUUGUACAGCAAGACGUGCUCCAACUAGACAGCGCCAGGCUAUCAAAGCUUCUCGGCCAAACGCCGUUACUCAUCACGAUGCUAUUCACGCUGAACGAGCUCUAUACAUCGGGAGGCAUCAAACUAACCACGGCGUUCCUCCGAAAUCUAAGUACUAUAAUCCCGGCCGGUUCCUUACUCCUAGUCGUUGACAGCCCCGGGAGCUAUUCAGAGGCAGCUGUGGGUAAGGAGGCUAAGAAGUACCCGAUGCAAUGGCUGCUAGACCACACCUUACUCCAGGCGGACAAGCUGCCGCCCGAGGGUUGCGAGUGGGAGAAGCUGCAAUCACACGACUCGGUCUGGUUCCGACUUUCCGACGAACUGCGAUAUCCUAUUGAUCUACAAGAUAUGCGCUACCAGAUGCACCUGUAUCGCACCACCUCUCGGCCGUCUAACUAAAUAACUCAAUAGGUAUCUACCAGGGCCUUAAGUCACCAUAUUAUGUACACCUCAUAAUGAGCAGCUAUGAAGAUUCAUCUAUGCCCAAACCAACUUCUUUAUGCUGUGACCCCACUGCUCUAGAAUCCCGGUGCUCUUCUUCGCCUCGGCGAGGGAGAUGAUGUCUCCUUUCUCUACAAUGCUCUUCCGCUCCGAAUCCCCCGGGAUUGGUUGGCUGAGGAAGACCAGCCUUUCGAUCUCCGUGGCGAUAACGUUGAUCUGCUCGUUCUC